AUGGCCGCCCUCCGAUCUCAGAGUGCGGCUCGUAUGCUGCGAAGCGCCGCUGUUCCUCGAGUCGCCCUCUCCGCCGCUCCCCGACGAUUCCAGAGCAACAUCACCUCGGCCACUGGUACCAUCACUGGUCCCGUUUCCAACGAGCCCGACUACAACAUCCAGGCUGAUAAGGCUACCUCCACCUAUACCCCCGUCCCUCGAUCGAUCCAAGAUGGUAGCGAAGAGAUCCUUCCCGCAGCCAUUAUCUCAGGCGCUCCCAUGGAGCUCCAGGCCCGAACAGUUCGCAUCUACCAGGAGGCCAAGCCCGCUACGCAGUCCGGUGACUGGCGCGGUCGACGCUGGCGAAUGGACUGGGAUAUUCUCCCCAAGGGACACCGAUGGGAGAACCCUCUGAUGGGCUGGCAAUCUUCAGGUGAUUUCAUGCAGGGAAGUCACAUCAACUUCGAGAGCAAGGAGGACGCCAUUCACUUUGCUGAGAAGCAGGGUUAUGAAUACUUCGUUCAGGAGCCCAACUCUCGCAAGUUUGCUCCCAAGGCCUACGCCAACAACUUCCUGUACUCGGCCAGAAAGCUCAAGCAUAUCAGGACGAAAUAG